AUGGCAAUCUUCAUGAAGAAAGAACACCGUCGGUGGACAUGUGAGUCACCCAAUGGUACAACUCAUGAGGAGAUCGACCACAUUCUCAACAGCCGAAGGUGGUGCUUAUUGAAGGUCUCAGUGGUACCAUCCUUCAGCAGUGUUUCGGAUCACUGCCUUCUCCAAGCAAAAAUGCUUCAGCCGAGCGUUGGAAAAGAACUUCUCGACUACCGCAAACUGCUGACGGCAUUGCUAAGACGGGACUUGCACAUCCUUCCGCUAAAAAAUGGAAUCGAUUACGAAGAGGUUCCACUGUAG